AUGGCUUCAAGGAAAGAUAUAGAACAGAUUUUAACUGAUCAAGACCAACUAAAUAAGCUUGUAUUUGUAGCUAUGAAGACAAUAGACACGAAUGACUCAGGAACAUUAGAUCCUGAUGAGCUGGGUAAUAUUAUGAGACAAGUCGCAAUAGAUGUUGGCGAUACUCCUCCCAGCGAUAGCGAUAUCAGAGAAGUUUUCGCAGAAUUAGACAAGAAUAAUGAUGGGUAUAUUGAUUUUGAUGAAUUUAAAGAUCUGAUAGUAAGAGUUCUGAACAAUAUUUUGAGUUCAGAACUUGCUUAAAGUCGCACUAUUUAAAUAAAUACUUCUCUUUUAAAGCACCAACGGCUUUAAAAUUGUAGGCUAAUUAAGGGAAAUUUCUAUAAUCCUUUAUAAUUCUAAAAAAAAAUUCAAUAAAAAAUUAUUUUUAAAAAAAAAAUUAGACCAAGAGCUAAAUUAG